AUGCCGUCACCGCCCGACCUCUAUGAAGCCCUCUGGCCCUUGGACAAGUAUCCAGCCCUCGACCCUCGUGAUUUUCCAGAUGUCGAGUCCUUUGGCAAAAUCAGACGGUCGGCCGAUGAAUUGACGAAUGGAGCCCAGGGCGACGGCGACGUCGAGGUCAGAUGGAGCAAAGUCGUUUCUCGUGAUGGGGCACCGCUGAGUCUGCUCUGGUAUGAAGCGGCGACGUCCGCCUCUGCGCCUGUCUUUCCAAAGCCAGCUUCCCGGCCUCUGCUGAUCCUCAUUCACGGGGGAGGCUGGAUCACUGGUGACUUCUCGGUUGAAGAUGGUUUCGCAAGGGAGGCCGUCAAACGCUUGGGAUAUUUAGCCGUCAGCCUCCACUACAGGCUGAGCCCUGAGCAUCGCUUUCCGACGCCGUUGAACGACUGCGUGGACAGCAUUCAAGCCAUCCUUCGCGACUCCAAUCAAUAUCGCUUCGACCGAACUCGGGUCGUCUUGGGAGGAAGCAGCGCGGGCGCAAACCUGGUCUGCGGAGUCUAUCGAAGUCUGAAGGGUGAGGCCGGACUCCAAAUACGGGGACUGGUAUUGAAUAUCCCCGUGACGUGCGAUCCCCUUCACUGGCCCGACGACGGAGCUGUUGCAAACCGCAGCUGGGAAGAACACGCCAACGCUCCGCUACUGAGCUCAGACGCUCUAUCUUUUUGUUUCGAUCAAUACCACCCGGAGCGAACUCGACAAUCGCUAGUAUCGCCACUGCUCGCACCAGAUCUGGCCGCAUUUCCGCCGACGGCUCCCAAGUCGCCCGCCUGGGAUACGGUCUUUAAUCAGGACGAACAAGACAUUCCGUCCGCGACUCUCGGUAAGUGCACGCCUCCAUCCUUGGUUGAUCUGGGUUUUCAGGGAAACAUGGCACGGAUUCGUCCGCUGACGAGCUCUCCUGUCCUGGACGGCUAUGCCUCAGAGGAAACCUGCUGGCCUCGUUGGGAACCUCCCAACCAAGAAAUGGGUGAACAGGGCGAGGACACUGUAUCAUGCAACCCUUACUGUCCCGCACUUCUACCCACGCUGUUCCCAGGCUGGCCCCAAGCCGGCGAGCUGGAGAAAGUGCUCAGAGACCUAUACUUUCAGUAUUUCCAUCCGCAUUGGCCAUUCCUCGAUGCCAGGGACGAUGAGCCAGCCCUCCAGAAUCGGCACAGCGACAAAGCUGAUGGCAAAGCGCGGCAUCUCGCCAUGAUCUUCGUGGCGUUUGGCUAUCUCAGUGAGUCCCAGCUCGAGAGCACACCAUUUUCAUCCAUCCACGAAGGUCAGAGCGUCCUCUUCGACCAAGCCAGGAGGUACUUCCAUCAAGACGAGACCAUGAACCCUGUUGUCCAAGCCGAGACCUGCUUGCUGCUAAGCCACUGGGGCCCUUAUAGCUCCGAGACUGAGGUCAACCACUACUGGGCUGAUCUGGCCCUGAGCAAGGCACGGACGGCGCGCGAAUCAAUGACCGACAAGCACCACGACGGCAAGAGGAUCCUCCUGCUGUGGAAAUGCUGCCUGAUCAGGAAGCGAAUUCUGGCCUUCCACACUCCCCUCGACGAUAUCGUCGCCGACGAUACAGUUGCCGACGACGGCGUGCAUGUCAAAGCCAUCGCCGCGAGGAUCGCCUUCCCACCAAACACCGACGUCGAGGUCGUCGAGAUGGUUCGCAGGUCAUUUCCGCUGGCGUGCCAGCUCAGCGACAUUGUGGCCCGGUUCUGCGCGUUUCGAGAUCGCGCGACAAACCCGUUCAGUUCAGACGACAUUUUCCGGAUCCGCGAGGCGAUUCAAAGGUGGGAUGAGAGCCGACGAGAGUGUCUCGUCGCCCACAGCAGCGCGGGUGAACGGAAUAUGGUAACCGUUCAGGUUCUCGAUAUCCUUCGGCAUGCCCUGGUCAUUCAGCUAUACCAGAUUCACCAUCUUCACUCCUACGACGGCCUUCCCACUGGUGGACUCUGCGAGGGGCUCGAUCUCGCGGCAAUUCUGGAGACAGAGGCCGCUCCCCAUGAGAUUUCGAGGACGGCGGCAGCCUUGAUCAAGGUAUUGGGAAGGGAACGCAUUCCUUUGGUCAUUGCGACCUGGCUCCCAUUGCCCAUCUGCCUCUUGCUCGUGAACAUCUACCAGCGAGACCUUCAAGCCGCCAGAACCACGGACAUGCAGAGCCUCGCCAAUCUUCUCCGGGUCCUGCAUACCCUUCGGGGUCGGUUCAGCGGAGCACAAUUCGUAACUCGACUCGUCGAUGUUCUUACACGCUCGCUACCUCACCGGCUGACCAAAGAUCUGCAAAAAGGACGUACGUCAACGAGUGGAGCGACAGUGUUGACGGAUUCCCCCAGCAUGCGCUGCCGAGGCGGGGGGGGAGACGCAGAUGCAGAUGCGGAUGCCAUCGACGUGUUGGCCGCCACGUCGCCCUCUUCGCUGGGUCAAGGGCACGAGCUCUGCCACCUGUUCUUCGACAAGCACGAACUGCAGUGGUUGAGGGCACGGACGGUGACGGUCUCGUGGGCACUGAGAUUUAUUCAGGAGUGUUUUGUCCACCGGUCGAUUGUCGGUUGGCUAUAG